AUGAAUACACAACCUGAUAAACAACUACUUUCAAUAGUACAGAAACACUUAGGGUUACCAGAUAAUGAUGAGAAUUUAACUUUAAUUGCACAGUUUCUAACAAAUCUAUACGGAAAAUCUACCAAUCAAUCAUGGGACGAUUUCCGAAAACUAGUUGAUGAAAAUGGGGGAGAUGAGUUCCCAGAUGUAUUCCUAAAAGAAGCCUUUGAUAAGAUAUCAAAGAAAAGGCCACUUGGUCCUAAAGUUAACGAAACAACCAACAAGAAAACAAUUAUUCUUUCUCCAGAGAAACCACCCCAAGUAGGUGAUGUACUACCAGGAAUAGUUGAAGGAAUACAGGCAUACGGGGCGUUUAUUAAACUUGGCAAUACAUCCGGCCUAUGUCAUAUAUCACAGAUAUCAUUUGAUGGAUCUAAAAUAGCAUCAGUAUCGGAUUACCUAAAACCAAGACAAGCCGUGUAUGUGAAGAUUACUGAUAUCCAGAACCAAGGCAGUAGAAAGAAAAUAUCAUUAUCAAUGAGAGGAAUCGAUCAAGUAACUGGGGAGGUCAAAAUUACUGAACCGAGAGGCCGACCACAAGAAAGACAAACACGAUUGAAGCGAAAAUUAACAUCUCCCGAAAGAUGGGAGAUUCGUCAGCUUAUUAAAUCAGGAGCAAUUUCUGCUGAUGAUUAUCCGGAUUUGGACGAUGAAGGUCAAGAUGAAUCCCAUGCACAGUCUACGUUAGAACCUGAGGUGGAGAUACAUAUCGAAAUGAACGAGUCUAAACCAGAGUUUUUAAAAGGCAUGGCAAGAUCAAAGCCGCUUAUGACGGUGGACCCUACUCCUCCACAGACAGGAUCAUUAAACACAGCCGCUGAAAAGGGAUCAAAAUUCGCUAAAGAGUUCAGAGAAGAGAAACUUCGACAAAAGAAGCUAAAGGAAAAGGAAGAAAAGUCAAAAACUGAUACUACAGAUCCACUUUUCCAAGCCACAGAAUCAGUAAAAGAUGUUGAUUUAGACCCUGCUACUGAAUCGUUCAUUUCCAAAUGGAAACAAUCCCAUAAGAAUGAAUCCUUUGGUAAACGUACAUCCCUUCCAAUUGAAGAGCAAAGAAGAUCCCUUCCAGUAUAUGCCAUGAGGUCUACAUUAGUUGAAAGUAUUCGAGAUAAUCAAUUUGUGGUUAUUGUUGGGGAAACUGGUUCCGGUAAGACAACCCAAAUCGUGCAGUAUAUAUACGAGGAGCACAUGAAUGUCAUCGACGGAAAGACAAAAGUUAUUGGGUGUACUCAACCGAGACGUGUUGCGGCGACAUCUGUUGCCAAAAGAGUUGCCGAAGAAGUUGGUUGCAAAGUCGGAGACAAAGUUGGGUAUACCGUUAGAUUUGAUGACCAAACUGGACCUGAUACAGUCAUCAAGUAUAUGACAGAUGGUAUGUUGGAAAGGGAAGCGUUAAACGAUCCAUCCAUGAGUAAAUAUUCACUAAUUAUGUUGGAUGAAGCGCACGAAAGAACCAUUGCCACUGAUGUUUUGUUUGCGUUGCUUAAAGAUGCUGCAAAACAGAACCCCAAUUUAAAAGUUGUUGUAACAUCAGCUACAUUAGAUUCCAAUAAAUUUUCUAAAUACUUCAACAAUUGUCCAGUUAUAAAUAUACCCGGAAGAACAUUCCCAGUUGAAGUGUUGUACACAAAAGAGCCAGAAAUGGAUUAUCUUGCUGCUGCGCUUGAUUCUGUCAUGCAAAUACAUAUUUCUGAACCAGCAGGUGACAUUUUAGUGUUUCUUACGGGGCAAGAGGAGAUCGAUACCAGUUGUGAGGCAUUAAAUGAGAGGAUGAAAAUCUUGGGUGACAGCGUACCCGAGUUGAUUGUGCUUCCUGUCUAUUCGGCAUUACCUUCGGAAAUGCAGACAAGAAUUUUUGAGCCUACACCACCAGGGUCACGAAAAGUUAUUUUAGCUACAAACAUUGCUGAAACCUCCAUCACCAUUGAUGGUAUAUAUUAUGUUGUUGAUCCUGGGUUUGUAAAGAUAAAUCUGUAUGAUCCAAAACUAGGAAUGGAUUCCUUGAAAGUUCGCCCAAUUAGCAAAGCACAAGCGAAUCAAAGAAGUGGUAGAGCUGGUAGAACUGGACCUGGAAAAUGUUAUAGAUUAUACACUGAACAAGCAUACCAAAAAGAAAUGAUCGCCAAUACGAUUCCUGAGAUCCAAAGACAGAACUUGUCGCAUACCAUUUUGAUGCUUAAAGCCAUGGGAAUUGAAGAUUUGAUCAACUUUGAGUUUAUGGAUCCUCCAUCUACAAGUACAUUAUUAACUGCAUUGGAAGACUUGUAUAUUCUUGAUGCGUUGGACGAUGAAGGACACCUCACUGGAUUAGGUAGAAGAAUGGCCGAAUUACCCAUGGAGCCAGCAUUGGCUAAAACGUUGAUCAAAUCAGCCGAGUAUGGCUGUUCAGAGGAAAUUCUUACCAUCGUUGCUAUGCUUUCGGUGCAGACGAUAUUCUAUCGUCCCAAAGCACAAUCUGCAUUAGCAGAUCAAAGAAAGGCACGAUUUCAUCACCCCUAUGGAGAUCAUUUGACUUUGUUGAAUGUGUUCCAACUGUGGUAUCGCAAUAAUUACAGCAAGUCUUGGUGUCAGGAGAAUUUUAUUCAGGAGAGAAGUAUGCGCAGAGCGAUGGAUGUUAGAAACCAAUUGAAGCAGAUAAUGACUAGAUUUAAGUAUCCUAUCCUUUCAUGUGGAAAUAAUAUUGAGAAAAUCAGAAGGACGUUGUGUUCGGGUUAUUUCAAGAAUUCUGCCAAGAGACAAGAAGGCGAGGGUUACAAGACGUUGAAUGAAGGAACUCUGGUGUAUUUGCACCCAUCAUCGUCGCUAUAUGGUAAAAACCCCGAGUACGCUAUCUAUCACACAUUAAUUCUCACUUCUAAAGAGUAUAUGCACUGUGUGAGUGUGAUUGAUCCCCAAUGGUUGUAUGAAUUAGCGCCAAAAUACUACAAGCAAGCGGAUGCCAAUACUAUUAGAGAAGCAAAGAAGAAACAGAAAAUAGAACCAUUAUUCAAUAGCCAUAAUAGGGAUUCUUGGAGACUUACUAAGCAACGUAAGCCCAAAAGAUAA